AUGGCUUCUUCUUCCACCAACCUAACCCUGAAACUACUCAUCGACACAAAGCGUGAGAAAGUGUUGUUCGCUGAAGCAUCGAAAGAAGUCAUAGACUUUCUCUUUAACUUGCUUCGCUUGCCUAUUAGUAGUGUCAUAAGACUCCUAAACAAGAAUGGCAUGGUUGGUAGCUUAGGCAAUCUCUACCAAAGUGUUGAAAACCUUAACGACACUUACAUGCAACCAAACCAACACAAGGAUCUUCUCUUGAAGCCAAAAGCACACUUCUCCUCAACUAAGAUCUCUGCCCUUCUUUCUGCAAACGAUGACGAUGAUGAUGUUGACAACUUAAAAGCUUCAUUUUACAUGUUAUGUGGCAACCAGUUUUCAGCAGAUGUGUUUCCCAAUGAAAGUGGGUUUGUGAAGGAAGUUGUAACUUACAUGGUGAUGGAUGAUUUAGUCAUCUACCCCAUGUCAACCAUAUCCAGUAUUACAUUACUAAAUAAAUUCGAUGUCAAAGAGGUUGGUUCCUUGCAGGAAAAGGUUGUUGAGUUGGGUAUGACUCAGGGUGUCAAUCUGCUUAAAGCUUCUCUGCAGUCGAAGAUGGUUUUGACAAGUGUUUUCCUCAAGAACAACACAGGAUCAUAG